AUGGAUCACUUCAUCUUACCGAGUCAAUCCUCAGCACCGUUAGCAUAUGCUCUUGAUCCUGAAGGCUACCUGAAUCGCCUCAACGACAGCCAGCAAUAUGCGAGAUACGACACCAUCCCUUUGCGUAACCUACCAGGUGCAGAACAUUCCGUCCUUGUUCAAGCGACAAUCCGUGAUCAGUCCACCGGAUAUGCCGAGCUGAACCAUGACCCGUCCUUUCCUCCUUCGCUGGUCCUUUACCAUCUUCCUGAGCCUCCUUCAGAUCCUCAAACAUCCGAAGAUUCUCACCCCAAAGCACUAAGCAUCCACCAAGCUGCAUUGUUAUUAUUCACGAAACCCUCGUCGCCCGAACUACACACCCCGUCCAGAAGGGGAGGACUUGCUCGACUUAUGCCGUUUCGUCGUUGUUCCUUGGACUCACUGUCCAUGGGGUCGUUGUAUGAUGUUCAGCAACAAACAGAUGUUCAUAUUCCUAGGCCUCUCCAUUAUGACCCUGAACGCUCGAUCUUGCUCACUUCGGCGUGGGGCAACCUGCGGCCACUUUCACUCCUGUUCGGUGAAGCCUUUGACCAAAAUACUCAAAGUCGCGUAAGAACGGCAGACCGAUCUGCAGUUCGAAGUCUCUUUGCGUGCCCUCGGGUCGUUAGGCCCUUUUUCAAGUUGCUGGGUACGAGAUUGGCUGUCUUGCUUGCCACGAUGCACGACCCUCAUAUCAUGAAACAGCUGCAGUUGACGAACAAUGCUCCAUCGCCUACGAAAUUUGCCUGUGCGGAUGAAGGGAGACACAGACUUCGUGGAGAGGUUACAAAAUGGCGAAAUCACGUUCGGCACAUGGAGUGCUUCAGUCAUGGUAAUUGCUCCUUUGACAGCAUCUUGGCCACCUUGACACCGGGAGAAACGGACGAACCAUUUGGAAUGGCUUUCUGGGAGCAUGCUGGUUUCUGCGGAAGAGGGGUCAACGGUGACAUCGCCCAACUGUUUGCAGAGCUUGAAGCAUACCGAAUUGCGGUCUUCUCUCAAGGUGUUGCUGGUAGCAGCCGCAAUCCGCGUCUCGUUGACUACGGGGUUGCGCUUCAUAGUCUUCAAAGCAGUCUCCUGAAACGCUACAAACAUGAGAGCAAGUGGUUGACGCCUAAGGUUAUGUCGCCCAACCGCAUGCAGUGGUGGGGGAGGAAGCAGACGGUGGAACGGGAGGAAGCCCAAGUCGCUUCACCAAAGGCAAUUGAACGCUCCAUCUACCUCGCCCACGGCCUGUACCUCAUCAACGCGGCUUUCGAGAAGCCAUGGCUCUGCACAAGAAGGCAAUGUCCUCGUGUUAAUGGACGCCACACAGAAGUCAAACGGGACUGUGGCCUGGUGCGGUAUAUCUUUCACUGUGGGCUCGAGGUCCUCUCUCUGGCCGAGGAGAACGAAGAGGCGUUCAGCCAUCUCGAUGUCAAAAACGAGAUCCAUCAAUUCAGAGGUGGCUUGGGCGGUUGGCAUCCGCGGGUUGUGGAGCUUUUUCACGAAGUGAACGACGUGUGGCGCGGUUCUAUGAUCCCUUUGAUGUUUUUCUGA